AUGGUGAGCCCACGGGCCCUGUGUAGACCACCUGGCCUGCUGCUGCUGCUGCCCUGCUGCUUUCUGUAUUUGGGGGCCUCAGGUGAGUGAUACUCAACCCCUACCCACCCCGUCCAUUCAGUGAAGGCCAUGAACUUCAGUGAUCUGCUAGAUGUUAGCCAGCGCGCACUGAGGCAGCCUGAUGAGGAGGUGGUGUCCACCCAGGGAGUGAGGGGCGGCUCUGUGGAGCUGGCCUGUGGCUCCCCGCCUGCCCCCCUGGCGGUCUUCUGGAGCUUCACCCCCCUGGGGCUGCUGAUCCCCCGGCCUGUGGCUGUCACCAAUGGAGCAGAGGUCAAGGUGGAGGCCGGGGCCUCGGCUCUGGGGACCGUGAGCCUGCGGAACAGCAGCCUGGUGCUGGGGGAGCUGCGGGAGGGUGCCCGCGGCCACUUUCUGUGCCAGGUCCUGCAGGCAGCCGGCGGCCAGCUACAUACCACCUACUCCCACUUCAGUCUGGCCGUGCUCGUGCCCGUAUCGAAGCCUCAGGUGCGACUGAGUGAGCCGUCCCCCGUGGAGGGGGCAUCCGUGGUGGCCACAUGCGCAGUGUGGGAGGGCACGGAGCCCGUGAUCUUUGCCUGGAAGCAUCAGGCACCCCAAGGCCCCGGGGAGGCCCUGCUGAGGGUCACGGAGCAGCUGCUCCGGCUGGACCCCGUCAAUCGGACACACCUGGGCUGGUACGUGUGCAGUGCCCGCAACGCCGUCAACCACCUGAGCAGUGACGGGACCUUCCUGGAUGUCAUCUAUGGUCCGGACCGCCCUCUGAUCACUGUGGAGCCGCCGAGCUUCACCGACGAGGGCUUCUGGGCGGGCGAGAGGGAGGAAGUGACUCUGAGCUGCCUGGCCGCGUCCAAUCCGCCCAGUCGCUACGUGUGGCUGCGUGAGCACGCCCAGGUCCACACUGGGCCCACCUACACCAUCGUCAGUGCCAGCCGCGCCCACACCGGCCUGUACACCUGCCUGGCCCACAACAGCCGCUUGGACACCCGUGCGCAGGCUGCCGUCCGGCUCACCAUCUACUAUGCCCCCGAGGGGCAGCCUUCCUGCACAGUGCUCCCCGCCACUGGGGCUGUGACUUUGGUCUGUGCCUGGCCUGGGGGGCUUCCAGCUGCCCAGCUGCAGUGGGAGGGGCCCCAGGGGACUGGCCCAACCGCUCCCGGCAACGUCACCUGGAGGCACGCAGCGGCCCAGCUGCCCAACGGCAGCGCCUUCGCUUGCACUGGCCAGCACCCCGCCCUGGCGCUGCCCGCCCUCUGCCGGAUCACGCUCUGGGAGCCCCUCCGCAGCCCUGCUUGCUGGACCACGGCCACAAUGGGGGACCAGUUCAUCAUGCUGAGCUGUGAGUGGGCUGGAGGCGAGCCCCCGGCCCUGCUGAGCUGGCUGGACGCACAGCAGCAGCCCCUGGGCGGCAGUGGCUCCUCACGGGCCAUCCACCUCCUGCGGGCCCGGGAAGAUCUGGCUGGCAGAGAGUUCAUCUGCCAGGGCUCUCACCCACUCAGGGUCCCUGGGCCCCGCUGCCGGCUCCAGCUGGAAGCCCCCCAGCUGGCAGUGGCUAAGCCCUGGGUGUCAGUCCUGGAGGGGGAAGAGGCCUGGCUGGGCUGUACCCUCCAGCGGGGCACACCGCUCGCCCGCCUCCUCUGGCUGGGGCCCCAGGGACAGCCGUUGGAACAGGGCACCUCCGGAUUCAUGUUGCACCUGGAGGACACCCAGCUCCACCUUAGCAUCCAAGGCGCCGACCCAGCGCGCCACGGGGGCACCUACCAGUGUGUGGCCAGCAACGCCCUGGGCAGCCGCAGCCGCAGCACCCUGCUGGAGGUCCUGAGGUACCCAGCUCCCCCCAACGUCACCAUCAGCCGCCUGACCUACGGGCGGCACCGCCGAGAGGUGCAGCUGCAGUGGGCCACCGAGGGCCCCGGGAACCUGACCGGCUUCCUGGUCCAGCGGAGGCCCCGUGCCGCAGGCCCGGGGGCUGCAGCCUGGGAGACAGCAGCCGGCGACAUCGGGCCGGAGAGCCGGGCCCGGCGGCUGGGGGGCUUGGACCCAGGGGUGCUGUACGCCUUCCGCGUGCUGGCGCUGAACCACCGCACAGCUGGGCACCCCUCCGAGGUGAAGAUACCAGCGGACCCCCCGCUCAGCACCUACCCAGCCGUGCUGGGUGCCGCAGGCACAGGGAUGGUGGUGGCAACCGUAGCCUCUUUGCUGGUGUUCCAGUAUGCCGCCCGGCACCCGGAGACUUGCCCCCGCCUGGGCCAGCUGCUCAUUCCCAUGGAGCAAAGUCACCGACACAGGGGCUCAGUGGAAGGCCCAGAGGCACAGGCAGGCACUGAGACGCCCCCCGCCACCCCCGGUUUGGAUCCUGCGCAAGAACCCACGGACGCUCCAGUCAGCGUCACCAUCACGGUGACCGCCACACCGUGA